GAUAUGGUCCAGGCAUUGUGCUCUCACAUCAUGGUCACUGGGUUAAACGUGGAUAUACACUGACAGACUGCCAACGCUCCUGCUCAACUGCCACGAGCGGAUAGUAUGCCCGCACAGCUGGCACUGUUCACGCGAUGUGGAAUAUGGCACGCGUAAAGAUGGGUUUCCUCGCAGUCCUCUGUCUCCCGACUUUAUUCUUCGACGUAUUCGUGCUGUCCCACAGUGGCAAUAUCUACGAGAGGGCGGCAGUCCCGCGGGCCGUAUCCCGCUCCGUGGCCCGGAUGGAUGGCGACGUGAUUAUCGGUGCGCUCUUCUCCGUUCACCACCAACCGUCUGCUGAGAAAGUGGCCGAACGAAAGUGCGGGGAAGUCCGCGAGCAGUACGGCAUACAGAGAGUGGAAGCCAUGUUUCACACUUUAGACCGGAUCAACGCCGACCCCUAUUUGCUCCCCAACAUCAGCCUGGGCUGCGAAAUCCGAGACUCCUGCUGGCACUCCUCCGUGGCCUUGGAGCAAAGCAUCGAGUUCAUCCGGGAUUCUCUCAUCUCCAUCCGGGAUGACAAGGACGGGUCUAAGUGGUGCAUCGACGGGACACCAUCCACCCAGCCUCCACCCAGUAAGAAGCCCAUUGCCGGGGUAAUUGGGCCGGGCUCCAGCUCCGUUGCCAUCCAGGUGCAGAAUCUCCUCCAGCUCUUCAACAUCCCGCAAAUUGCAUACUCUGCCACAAGCAUCGACCUAAGCGACAAGACGUUGUUUCAAUACUUCUUACGAGUCGUGCCCUCUGACACGCUGCAGGCCCGGGCCAUGCUCGAUAUAGUAAAACGGUACAACUGGACAUACGUGUCAGCGGUGCACACGGAAGGAAACUAUGGGGAGAGCGGUAUGGAGGCCUUCAAGGAGCUGGCGUCUCAGGAGGGCCUGUGCAUCGCCCACUCUGACAAGAUCUACAGCAACGCCGGGGAGAAGCACUUUGACCGGCUGCUCCGGAAGUUGCGUGAGCGUCUGCCUAAGGCCCGCGUGGUCGUGUGUUUCUGUGAGGGCAUGACCGUGCGCGGCCUCCUCAUGGCCAUGCGACGUCUCGGCGUAGCCGGGGAGUUCCUCCUCAUCGGCAGUGAUGGAUGGGCCGAUCGGGAUGAAGUGGUGGAGGGCUAUGAGCAGGAGGCUGAGGGUGGCAUCACCAUGAAGCUGCAGUCAGCGGAAGUCACGUCAUUCGACAAUUACUUCCUGAAGCUUCGUCUGGACACCAACACCAGGAACCCUUGGUUCCCUGAGUUCUGGCAGUACCGCUUCCAGUGCCGCUUGCCAGGACACCCUCAGGAGAACAAAAACUACAAGAAAGUCUGUUCUGGUGACCUAGGUAACGAGAGUCUGCAUGAGAACUACGUCCAGGACAGUAAGAUGGGCUUCGUGAUCAACGCCAUCUACGCCAUGGCCCACGGCCUCCACGACAUGCACAGCGAGCUCUGCCCCGACCAGCCCGGACUGUGUGAGGCCAUGGAUCCUAUUGACGGCAGCAAGCUGCUAGGCUACCUGCUGAAAACCUCCUUCAGAGGAGUGUCAGGGGAGGAGGUGUACUUUGAUGAGAAUGGGGAUACCCCUGGCAGGUAUGACAUCAUGAACCUGCAGAGCGUGGGGGACGGCUACGACUACCUACACGUGGGUUCCUGGCAUGAAGGAAUGCUGAGCAUCGAGGACUACAAGCUGUGGAUUAACAGCAGCGACAUGGUGCGCUCCGUCUGCAGCGAGCCCUGCACCAGGGGACAGAUCAAGGUGAUCAGGAAAGGAGAGGUGAGCUGCUGCUGGAUCUGCACCACCUGCAAGGAUAACGAGUAUGUGCAGGAUGAGUUCACCUGCAAGGCCUGUGAGCUGGGCUGGUGGCCCGAUGAUCAGCUGGAAGUCUGCCAGCCGCUGCCUCUGAAAUACCUGGACUGGUCCGACGUGGAAUCCAUGGUGGCGGUGGCCUUCUCCUGCGUCGGCAUUCUCAUCACCUCCUUCGUCACCUUCAUCUUCAUCCUGUAUCGAGACACGCCCGUGGUCAAGUCCUCCAGCCGGGAGCUGUGCUACAUCAUCCUGGCAGGCAUCUUCAUGGGCUACAUCUGCCCCUUCACGCUGAUCGCUCGGCCCACCGUGUUCUCCUGCUACCUGCAGCGCCUCCUGGUCGGCCUGUCCUCCUCCAUGUGCUACUCCGCCCUGGUCACCAAGACCAACCGCAUCGCCCGCAUCCUGGCCGGCAGCAAGAAGAAGAUCUGCACCAAAAAGCCCAAGUUCAUGAGUGCCUGGGCCCAGGUGGUGAUUGCCUUCGUGCUGAUCAGUUUCCAGCUCUCCCUGGAGAUCACCCUGAUCAUCCUGGAGCCCCCCAUGCCCGUCAAGUCGUACCCCAGCAUCAGCGAGGUCUACCUCAUCUGCAACACCAGCACCGUGGGCAUGGUGGCCCCGCUGGGCUACAACGGCCUGCUGAUCAUGAGCUGCACCUACUACGCCUUUAAGACCCGCAACGUCCCGGCCAACUUCAACGAGGCCAAGUACAUCGCCUUCACCAUGUACACCACCUGCAUCAUCUGGCUGGCCUUCGUGCCCAUCUACUUCGGCUCCAACUACAAGAUCAUCACCACCUCCUUCUCCGUCAGUCUGAGCGUCACGGUGGCGCUGGGCUGCAUGUUCACGCCCAAGAUGUACAUCAUCAUCGCCAAGCCGGAGAGGAACGUGCGGAGCGCCUUCACCACGUCCGACGUGGUGCGCAUGCACGUCGGUGACGGCAAGGCAGCGUGCGGGAGCAACAGCCUGCUCAACAUGUUCCGUCGGAAAAAGACCAGCUCCGGCAGUGCCAAUUCUAAUGGCAAGUCUGUGUCAUGGUCUGAAUCAGGUGCAAGACACCCUCCGAGGGGGGGGAAUGUGUGGCACAGACUGUCUGUGCAUGUGAGGAAACAGGAAGCCGGCUCGAAUCAGAUGGCGGUCAUCCGGCCCCUAACUAACGCACCCGACCCCCACAGCUGCAACCCCGUCACCCCCGGCCCUGGCACAGACCCCCACCCCCCACACCAACCCAGCACCAAGGCUCUGUACAACCUGGUGGAGGAGGAGGAGGGAGACGCGGCCCACCGCCCUCCCUGGACUCCUCCCUCCUGCUCUGGACAUCUCCACGGGCAGGACUCUAACAGGUCGCCCUCUUAUUCUCCCCCCGCCCACGCAUCGGGCUGUGCCACCGUGCGCCCGCGGGGGGCUGUGGUGGACACGCACACCUCAAAUGUCCCCCGAAUGAAUGACGCCAUGGAGGCAGCUAACCUCACCGCCACCCACCAGCCACUGAGCCUCUCCCCCUCCCAGCUGCAAGAGGGGGCCUUCGGAGGAGAGGGGCUGUUGUUGCCCCAUGAGGGCCUGGAGAGCGAUGAGUUGGACCUCCUGCACAGCUACAUGUACGACGCCAAGGAGGCGGAGGAGGAAGAGGAGGACGUGGAGAAUCGGACUCAGAGUAAGCUGACUCUGGAGGACUCUCUGGCUCUGACCCCCCCUUCCCCCUUCCGAGACUCUGUGUGCUUGGGUGGGUCAGGGUCCGGAUCCCCCAUCUCUGAGUCUGUCCUCUGCAGCUCCCCCAGCUCUGCCUACGCCUCGGUCAUCCUCCGGGAUUUCAGACAGAGCUCCUCCACACUGUGAGAG